AUGGCUGCUACUACCGACCCAGCUGAGCCUCCCACCGGCGAUAGCGUUUGGUAUUUCGCCUACGGAUCCAACAUGAGAUCCUCCGUCAUGGCCAAUCGCGGAAUGACGCCGCUGGACAAGGCACUCGUCAAGAUCCCGACACACGUCCUCACAUUUGACAUCUUCGGGAUGCCCUUUAGCGAGCCCUCCAUGGCCAGCAUCGCUCCCAUGUCCCAAGUCACCACCGACACAGUGCUCAGGCUUGGACCUCCCGCUGAAUUACCGCCAAUCCACGGAAUAGCCUAUCUCAUUACGCGCGCCGACUACGUCGCCUUGGUCAAAAGCGAGGGAGGCGGUUCGGCGUACCGCGAGAUCGCCAUUGAGGCCGACGUGCUCCGCCACGACGAUGCCACGGCCGGUCACAGCAUAGGGUCGACAUUGACGGUGUAUACUCUGGAAGCCAAGUAUCCGUUCCGGCCAAAUGCCACGCCUAGCCAGCGCUACCUGGGGCUUUUAAUGACGGGCGCCGAAGAACACGACCUCCCGAAAGACUACAAAGACUUCCUUGCCGACAUCAAGGCCUUUGAGCCGCCGUCGUCUCUAUGGACAAGGGUCGGUGCGAGCACGUUUCUCUCGUUUUGGAAGCCGACGCUGCGGAUGCUCGUCAAGGUAAUGAAGUCCAACUCGGAUGCCAAUGGCCAUUGCCGGCCGUGGAUUUCUAAUCUCGUGAUCAAGGGGUACUCGUACAUGUGGGUUUAUCACAACAUGAUUCAUUCCUUUGUAUGGGGUCGAGGCGAUGGCCGAAUCCGCGGAUCAAUGCCGUGGGAAGUUGUCGUCAAGCAAAAGGCGUUGUAA